AUGGCCUCCGCCUUCGAUCCCCGCCAUGCAAAUCACCAACAGUUCUGCUUUCCGUCCCCACCUAGCUCCGGCAAUGUCACCGCUCUCUCUUCUCCUCGUCUCUCACCUACCAGAUCUCACAACGAGCCUCAGUUCGUCGACAGUCUCUUCACCGGUCCCUCUUUUCGCCAUUCUCACUCCCUCGCUUCCGUCAGAUCAGGCAAGCAGCGUGCCAUGUCAAAUAGCACCGACUCGGACGGCUACAACACUGCAAAGACCUCUGUCCACAAUCCGUCCCGGAGACGCUCUCGAAAGACUAUAUCUAGGGCUUUGACUCUACCCUCGAGCUCAACUCCGGUGCUUCAAAGCUUUCCGAGCCGUUCUCCCAAAAGGUCGUCCCAGCCUCUCUCUCGCACGUCUAGUAUUUCAAGUUCGGCUUCCUCUUCUUCUUCCUCUUCUUCUUCGGUUACUCCUACACAUGGCGAGGAUCCGCCCCCCCAUCAUGCAACUUCUGGGAUCGGAAGAAAGGUUGCCGCGACCCUGCAAUUGUUCAAAGAAACCGCUCCUUUGGACGAAUCUCCCGCAGGACCGCUGUCGUCCAGGAGCGAGUCGUCCCUGGCAAGCCGAAGAAAUCAUUCUUUCGAGGAUGUUGAGGAUGUUGCAGAGGCUUUUGAGUUUGUUAAACGUUCAGAAUGGCCGGACCGCGAAGCAGCUGCAGUCCGUCGCGACAAGAGUAUGACCACCUUGGAGCGCGUUAGGACGAGAGACAGUGAUCAUCAGCUAUCAGACAAAAUCUCAUCUGCUAAGGAUAUUUCGGAUGUCUCACAAUGGCGGAGAGAUGUCAUUUCUAGUCGAGGGAGGCGGCGUGAACGUGCCAUCGACGAUAUUGUUCGCGACGCAGAACCCCAUUCCGAUGCACCUUUGUCUACUAUCAACACCUUUCACGAGACAUCCCCAAUCUAUAUUCGACCUCGCUCUCGUGCGUAUCCUCCAUCUCCAUCACCCUCCCGUUCGCCAACCAAGCGCGUCUCUCGCCAUUUCCCAGAUUCUACUCUUCAGUCUUGUCCCGAGUCUACUCUGCCUGUUUUACCAUCCAUAGCUACCACACCCAGGAAUUCUAGAUCUCCUACCCCAGUGCGCGCUGCAAACCGCAUUCAUGACCCGUACCCCAAAGCUUUAUCGCCUUGUGAUCCUCCGUCGCCCUGGUCUACAGAUGAUGAAUCUGCCUGGGACACCACUUCUGUUGCGUCGACAGCUGCUUCUAACGCGUCGACAUAUGGCAACGAUUCAGAUUCCCACACGCUUUCAUCAGCUUUAGAACAUCGCCCUGGGGAUGCCUGCGAUAUUCGCCCUACAUCUCGCCGUUUCUCAACCUUGGAUGAUGGUGAAGUCCUAAACACCACGCGAUUAAAGAGUCUUGAUGAUGACACAGUGGCUAUCAAUUUUGCUGUCCCCGAGGAGCGUCUCCCACAUAUCCCACUGCGCCCUUUUCGCAAUCAAGUCGGUGGACACAGCGCUAUAUACAAAUUUACAAAACAAGCUGUUUGCAAGCCACUGGUCUCGCGCGAAAAUCUCUUCUACGAAUCGGUAGAAAGAGAAGCACCACCUCUACUUGGCUUCAUUCCACGGUAUCUUGGGGUCAUGUUGGUCAGUUAUAGACGUGUUCCGAAGCGGACUAAUGCAAAUGGUGCCAGACAUGCCCAUGAUUCCUCGACUCCUGUCCCUCCUAGUCGGCAAAUCGUCCCGCAUACCACAAGUGCAGACACCAUAAAACCGUUCACUCGUCCAGUAAUCUCUGAUGGCGAUCAACACUCAUCUGUCUUCGAAGAUAAAUUUGGCACAGAUUUAGAUGACGCUGAAAUGCCAGAGGUCGUGCUCGAUCGCAACCGUCAUAUCAUUCCCGAAUGGAUACUCAACGGCGGGCGCAACCGCUCUUUGUCAUAUUCGACUGCUUCCGGAUCUUCUUUCAUUGCUCAACGCAAGCUCCAAUCCACUCAGUUACCCAGAGGAACAGCUUCUAGCCCGGACCUUGCGAUACCGCCCCGGUCAGAAUACACAACCCUGCGACCCAGUCCUUUGUCAAGUUACCCCACGAGCGGCAGUAAUGAUGAAAUGGAAAUUGAUGCACCCACUCCCGUCAACUCUCCUAGUCAGAACACCCAUGCCUUCCCUGCUCGGCUGACUGAGCGCUCAGAUACUCACCCCCUGAGUGGACUUUCCGAGGAAGGUCAUCUUCAACGGCCCUCUUUACGCCCAUUCAAUUCAGACCAAGCGUCCGGAUCACAAUGGUUUGGAGGCACAGGGUCCACCGUUGUUAAUACGAAACUCAAGGACCAUGUGUUCAGUACAGUUAUCAGACGACUUCGCAAGCGUCUCAGUCAUCAUCGACCUAUUGAGGAAUCAAGGACUGAAGAUGAAGGUGAUAUAGCGGAUGGGGAAACUGAGUCUGCUUCGAGACGCCUCCAGGCGCGCGUUCGGAGAAAGUUGUUUCGCCAUGCAGACCAAGGAUCCAGUAAUAACUCUCUCCGUCGGAUCCAGAGCGAUUCAAUGCUUCGCGGUCCUGAAGGUUCGUCGCUUUCCUCAGAAGGUCAAGAUCGACCGUUGUUCGGCAAAGACCGUCAGGGAUCUACGACCCAAGUCGACAAUGAUCAUGUCAUUCCUCCGUCUAUCAGGAAGCGGAGCCGUUCGCGAUCCCUUGAGGCUCCUUCACGAGUACCAGUUUCUUACCAUCGGUCAUUUUCGGAACAGGGGGUUAUACAUGAGAACGUCGAGCCUGAGGCCCCUGUUACCCGCCAGAAUCAUUUCAUUUUGAUGGAAGAUCUGACUGGACGACUGAAGCACCCUUGUGUUAUUGAUCUCAAAAUGGGAACUCGUCAGUACGGUAUGGAUGCCACCUCCAGCAAAAAGAAGAGCCAGCGCAAAAAAUGCGAUCGCACCACAAGUAGAACUCUCGGUGUACGUGUUUGUGGGAUGCAGGUCUGGAACCAUGCUACGCAAUCGUAUGUGACUCAGGACAAGUAUAGCGGACGUGAAAUCCGACCUGACGAAUUUGACUCUGUUCUCAAAUCAUUCCUGUACGACGGAGAGCGUCUGUUAGCCUACCAAAUUCCUGUUCUGCUUCAGAAGCUGUAUGCCUUGGCGCGCAUAAUCAAUCGCCUAAAAGGCUAUCGCUUCUAUGGAUGCAGCAUCCUCCUCAUUUAUGACGGUGAUCGAGAGGCACAAGAAGUUUUACGCUCCUCCGUUCUGGAGAAUCCAUCAUCUAGAAGUAAACGUGGGGAAUCACUCGAACGUCGUUCCAAUUCACAGAGCCACGAUCAUACCCCACUUCGACGAUCACAUAGCGAAGAUCUUCUCGUCGGCUCCGUAGCCAAACGUUCAAACGGACGGAGGAAACGUGGCGAAAUCAACGUUCGCAUUGUUGACUUUGCACACACGACCACCGGAAGGGAUUGGCUUCCCUACUCCGAGUUGGAUACGGGCGAACGACGUCAUGAAGUUUUUUCAAGCUCAAAGGGAUAUCAAGCAGAAGUCGACCCCGAGACUGGUUUGAUUUACGCUCGUUUCCCUCCUCACUACCCCGACCAAGCCGACCGUGGUUUUCUUCUGGGUUUGAAAAAUUUGACAUCGUCGCUGGAGGGUAUCUGGAAUGCCGAACGUAUUCGCAGAGUCAAGGCUGCUCGCGAUGAUCCAUUCGCGGCUCAAUCACAACUUCCGCCACUCUCAUUAGAAGGCAAAGAGAUCUUUGAGGAGAUCUUUGGUGGUGAAGAGGAAGACUCGGAAUUUCCUGAUUUGAACACACUCUUUCCUAUUCCGUACAAGGACUGGUUCCUUGGCGGCUGGGCAUUCUUUUCUCCUAACGGUCGUCAUCGCGGUCCAAUUACCGGUAUCGACAUUCCUGGCCGCAUGGUAUGGACUCCGAGCUGA